ACACGACGCACCAAAUCAGUAAAGAACGUUCGUUGGCAGAGAAGCCAAGAAAAAGACUUCCCUUUUCACCCAAAAAAGGCAAAACGAACAUCCAAAAACGGCACAUAAAUAAAGUUUACAUUUUUUCAAAUUUCAUUCAUCGCAACUCACAACCUCUCUGUCGACGAUCUCUUAAUCUGUUCAGAGAAAAGUAACAAUAUGGAGCAUGAUGAGACAGGAUGUCAACCCCAUCCAGAAGGUCCUAUUUUGUGCAUUAACAAUUGUGGUUUCUUUGGAAGUGCUGCGAACAUGAAUAUGUGCUCCAAGUGUUACAAGGACGUGAUUCUGAAACAAGAACAAGCAAAGCUUGCAGCGACGUCAAUUGAAAACUUUGUAAAUGGGUCCACAAGUCAGAAGGGGCCUGUCAUUGUUGGCUCUGUGGAUGUCCAACCUGCCCUGCUAGAAUCAAAAUCUGUGGUUUUUUCAUCACCUCCAUCUUCAAGUUCUGGUGAGGCUGCUGAAUUGAUGGCCAAGGAGGGUCCUAGCCGAUGCAGCACUUGCAAGAAAAAGGUUGGUUUGACUGGAUUCAAAUGCCGCUGUGGUAACUUUUAUUGUGGAUCACACCGCUACUCAGAUAAACAUGACUGUCAAUUUGACUACCGCUCUGCUGCACGCAAUGCUAUAGCAAAGGCCAAUCCUGUUGUGAAGGCAGAAAAACUUGACAAGAUCUAGAAGGAGUUAUUGUUGUCAAAGUUGAUGUGUCCUUUUCAUCGAAGGAGGGCUUCCUCUGAUUGGCUACCUUUCACAUGAUAUCUCGUUAAAUCUGGGAGUCAAGGCUAUUUAAGAAUCAUCUACAGGCUGAAGAACUCCUGUUCAUUGUCAUAGGUAGAAUUUGUUUGUUGACUCCAGUUUCAAGUCUUUGUAUGUGCUGGUUUGGUUAAUAUUAAUUAGGUUUGUUAUGUGUCAUUCUGUGGUUCUCAUCCAUGCAAUUGUAAUCUGGCAUUGUAAAUUAUUCUGCAUGGAUCUCUUAUAUGGCUUCUCUUUGCUCCAAUGUAGUUUAUUAUCCUUA